UUUACCUUCCCGCCGGAAUAAUAAAUUUAGUUUUUAAUAGUAAUGGCAGCGAUGCCGAAACGAAUGCGUCGACUGGAUGCGUUUAAGAAAACGUCGAGAUGUACGAUUUAACGCAGCUUGUAUGCAAGUAGAUUUAGGCGGCGCCAGGCGAAGUGGCUGUCCGUGUCUCUAUGGUCUGCCGGGCCGGUUCGCUGCGCAGGUUUGGAACGCGCGCCAUUUUGUGAAAUUUACAAAAAAAAAAUCCCGUCCAAGAAAACAAGGUUUAUAACUCAAGGGCCCGCGCAUUUAAAACGACACAUUUUCGGGAACUUCACGAAAUUAUCGGAGGCGAGUGGAUGACGGCGGAAGGUUUGUGCGGUUGAAGCCGAACGUGCGGUUUUUCGCCGACGCGGCUCGUGUGCGAGUUUGUGUUCGGCUGGCGAGUUGACGGAGAGGCGCUGUUGAUUUGGGAAGCGAACUGACGCCGGAGUCGGAAGAGUGAGCGCCGCUUGCUCGUUGGGGAAUCUCCUAGGAGGACGACAGACGCUGGAUCCUUUACCUCGCCCCGCGCUUCUGGGACUUUAAAUGAGGAUUUUACGGAUAGAGAGUGGAGUACGCGGUGACAAAGAUCCACACCAAUGAUUGUGCUGAAUAUAGAAGAACUAGGGCAUCCAUCAGUGAGAGUCUCUGUUGUAAAAGAAGGGGUAUUUUCACCCGGAAACCACUUGCGAGUUGGCUUAGUGGGUUGUGGUUUGCUGCUGGACUCUCCUUCCAGGAUGAUAUGAAAUUUAACAGGCGACGAUGCAUACAGGAGGAGAGACUUCAGCAUGCAAACCCUCAUCUGUCCGGCUUGCCCCGUCGUUCUCUUUCCAUGCCUCGGGGAUUCAGAUGGCUGCACACGUGCCCCACUCGCAACAGCCACAGCAGCAGCACAGUGAGCGCCACCAGCAGAGCACGGACCCGUCCGUCACUGUGCUGCCCUACAGCGAGCAGGCUCAGCAGCCCGUCACCAGCCAGGUGACCGCCGAUGUUGUCAUGUUGCAGAGGCGAGUGCCCCAGUGUUUUCGCGACUCUGCCUCAGCACCCCUGAGAAAGCUCUCCAUUGACCUGAUCAAAACCUAUAAACACAUCAACGAGGUAUACUAUGCAAAAAAGAAGCGGAGACACCAACAGGGCCAAGGUGAUGACUCCAGUCACAAGAAGGAGAGAAAGGUCUACAAUGAUGGCUAUGAUGACGACAACUACGACUACAUCGUGAAGAAUGGCGAGAAAUGGAUGGACCGCUACGAGAUCGAUUCUUUAAUAGGCAAAGGAUCAUUUGGUCAGGUUGUAAAAGCUUAUGACCGUGUGGAGCAGGAGUGGGUGGCAAUUAAGAUCAUAAAGAACAAGAAGGCGUUUCUAAAUCAAGCCCAGAUUGAAGUUCGACUCCUGGAGCUCAUGAACAAACAUGACACGGAGAUGAAGUACUACAUAGUUCACCUGAAACGCCACUUCAUGUUCCGGAACCACCUCUGCUUAGUAUUCGAAAUGCUGUCGUACAACCUGUACGACCUGCUGCGGAACACCAACUUCCGGGGCGUGUCGCUGAACCUGACCCGAAAGUUCGCCCAGCAGAUGUGCACGGCGCUGCUGUUCCUGGCCACUCCCGAGCUCAGCAUCAUCCACUGUGACCUGAAGCCGGAGAACAUCCUGCUGUGCAACCCCAAGAGGAGUGCCAUCAAGAUCGUCGACUUUGGAAGUUCGUGCCAGCUAGGGCAGAGGAUAUACCAGUACAUCCAGAGUCGGUUCUACCGCUCCCCCGAAGUGCUGCUGGGCAUGCCUUAUGACCUCGCCAUCGACAUGUGGUCCCUGGGCUGCAUUCUGGUAGAGAUGCACACAGGGGAGCCUCUCUUCAGUGGGGCCAAUGAGGUUGACCAGAUGAACAAAAUAGUUGAAGUGCUUGGUAUUCCACCAAACCACAUAUUGGAUCAGGCUCCCAAAGCAAGGAAGUUCUUUGAGAAGAUGUCUGACAGCACAUGGAGUGCAAAGAAGACCAAAGAUGGCAAAAGGUAUAAGCCCCCUGGAUCCCGCAAACUCCACAGUAUCCUUGGAGUGGAGGCUGGAGGUCCCGGAGGACGUCGAGCUGGGGAAUCCGGCCACGCUGUAGCGGACUACUUGAAGUUCAAGGACCUCAUCCUGAGAAUGCUGGACUAUGACCCUAAGACCCGCAUUCAGCCCUACUACGCCCUGCAGCACAGCUUCUUCAAGAAGACGGCCGACGAAGGGACGAACACGAGCAGCAGCGUGUCCACAAGCCCGGCACUGGAGCAGUCGCAGUCGUCUGGAACCACCUCCAGCACAUCCUCCAGUUCGGGAGGUUCGUCUGGAACAAGCACCAGUGGCAGAGCGAGGUCGGACCCGACCCAUCAGCACCGGCACAGCGGAGGACACUUCUCUGCGGCGGUUCAGGCCAUGGACUGCGAGAAUCUCUGCCCACCGGCGAGGCAGCCAUACCCUCCACCCAUAGGUUGGGCCAGCAGCGAGGGAGCUCAGCAGGUGACGGUAGAGACCCACCCGGUGCAGGAGACCACCUUUCACGUGCCUCCCCAGCAGCCCAAGGCGUUGCACCCCAACAGCUCUCAUCACCACCACCACCACCACCAUCACCACCAUCACCACCACGGACAGGGCCUGCCCACCCGCCCCCGCCCCCGGCUCUACAACUCCCCCACCAACAGCGCCUCCACGCAGGAUUCCAUGGAGGUGGUGCACAGCCACCUGUCCAUGACCUCCCUGUCUUCCUCUGCCUCCUCUUCCUCCACAUCUUCCUCCUCCACGGGGAACCACGGCAACCAGGCCUACCAGAACCGCCCGGUGGCUGCCAAUGUCUUGGACUUUGGCCAGAAUGGCAGCAUGAACAUGGGAUUGGGUGCCUUCUCGAAUCCCCGCCAGGAGACUGGCAUGGCAGGACAUCCGACGUACCCCAUUGCCACGAACACGGUGCCCGGUCACUAUAUAACGGAGGGUCACCUGGGCAUGAGACAAGGCAUUGACAGGGAGGACUCUCCGAUGGCAGGAGUCUGUGUUCAGCAGAGUUCUGUGGCUAGUUCGUGACUAAACUGAGAAUGGGGUUUUUUUUUCCUGUGUGUAUUUUUUAAGGUGGUGUUUUUCAGAAAAAAAGUGCAUAGAGAUCAAAAGCUGCUUAAAUCAGAAGGGAGAUUAUCACUGAACCGCUACCACAGUGCAGAGCCCAUAUUUUAUGUUAUCUUUUCUGCAUCCCACCGUUUUUUUUUUGUUUUUUUU